AUGAUGGGAGGCAUACUCGGACUGCCGAUGCAGAUGUCUACUUUCCUGAAUGGCGGCCCGAUGGAGAUUGUGGUAGACUGCAUAUCAUUUACUCGGUGGAGCGCGGGAAUGAGCUUUUUGGAGUACAUCACCCUGCAUCCUCCAGAUGAUGACGAGCUGAGCGAACUGAACCGGCAAUUGCUGAACAUGUUCAAAUCUGCUUACGGCUCGGCCCACUUCAUGCUGGACUUGCCGGAUGGUCAGUGGUGGACUGGAGUUUGGGCUCUCAUCGCUCAAGGCACAGUACUCCGGGUGGUGGCAUAUGUGGGCCUGCGCUUCACAAAUCGCGCAAGACAGGUCUAA